AUACAGGAAUAUGCCCCAAGGUCAUAUUUCACAAAAUAUUUAAAUAUAUAAUUGCUGCGUUUAUAUGCUUCACAUUGUGUAUCAGAUCUCACAUCUAAUUGCAUGACUUACUCUCAGCCCUCACCUGUCAUCAUCACUUAUCGGACCAUCUUGCCUUAAGCGGGGGGGCGUGUCUUUACGUUUUCUUUUUACUUCUCUCUUUGUGUGCUUCAACCAGAACUUCUUUAACUUGUUCUCAUUAAUGUCAGGGACUUGCAGGUAACCGUCUCAUUCAUGCUCUAUAGCUAGCUGUGAGUAUCACGCACAGCUGUAACGUCAGCCGGCUUGUUGCGUUCAGCUAAUUGUCUGAUAGGUGACCGAGACUCCAUCAUCCAUGGAUACCAGCAGUGUGUCUGUGCUGCAGUACAAGAUUCCAAAACCCCAGGGGAAAUUGAGGCGACGGGUUCAAGACCUCCGCAUCCCUUCCUCGUCUUACUAUGACUUCAUAGUCAGCAGACCCGCGUUGGACCUGAGCCAUAAUGAGAGCGCUCGGCUGGCAGCGGACUCCCUACUCAGCCGGGGCUUAGAGGGAUACGAGGAGGUGUUGAUCGCAGAGGGAGAAGUGGACUUUUUGUCAGAGCUGGACAAGAUUUACAUCCUGGAAAAUAUGAGGGAUGGCUGCACAGCUGAUCCUGGUGCAGCUGAUGAUGAUGACACUGAGUUAGAGAGUUUGUCUCUUGGCUCUCAGUCUGCCACACAGUGUCCUGCAACAUCCACAGACAGUGAUCCUACCAUGGCAGGACUUGACCUGAGCAGCCUGAAAGAUGUGAAGAGGACUGAUCAGGUCUUGAAUGAGUCCAAUUUUGAGGUUUAUUUCCAGUCUGACAGCAGGGCAGCCAGCAUGAAAGACCUGGUUAGAGAGUUCAUCAGAAAGGCUACAAUGGCCUUAGCCAUAGUGAUGGACAGCUUCACUGACGUAGAGCUGCUGUGCGACCUUCUGGAGGCGAGCAGGAAGAGGAACGUGUCCGUUCAUCUGCUGCUGGACCAUCUCAACCUGAGGCUGUUUGUCAGCAUGUGGCAGGAACUCAAACUCAACAGCAAAAACUUCCCUAAACUGUCAGUACGCAGUGUUGAUGGACAGACCUACUGUGCCAAGACAGGCAGAAAGCUGACUGGUCAGAUUGCUGAGAGUUUCAUUAUCACUGACUGGACUGAGGUGCUCACUGGUUCAUACAGUUUCUCCUGGCUGUCCUGGCAGGUCCAUCGGAGUCUUGCUGUUCUUGUUAAGGGCAGCGCAGUCAUUCCUUUCCAUCAGGAAUUCCACAGGCUAUACUCCAGCUCCAAAGCAGUCCCCGGCUUUGUCACUUAUAUCACUGUGCCUCAAACGCUCUCUCUUUACACCACAUUACCUGCCGCUCAAAACAGUGAUGUCAGUAAGCUGAAAUCAAGCCGGACCAAAACAGUCAGCCACAGGGCUUGCAACCAAGAUGCUCAAAACAACCAGACAAAAGCAAAAAUACCAGUUGUCCCCAAAACACAGACCCAGGAUUUAGUGUUUAGCAAAGGUAAUACCCAGCCUCUGCACAGAGCAGACAUCGAUACACAAAGGCAUGAAAAACCUCCACAGCUGUACCCGAAACCACUGCUGAGCGUAUCUGUGGGAAAGACAAAGCAUACAGUGGGAGCGGACUGCAACCAGCAUGGUGCACAAACAAACGUGGAACCUCUGGAGAAGAGUCAUAAUCAGAUCCAGAAUCCUUCAAACCCUCUGAGUCAGAGCCUUGAACUUGACAUUCAGUCUCAGUUCACCAGUCUUCCCGUCACCACUACAGCUGAAAAGAAUGUGAAGGUUCAAGAGCCAAAUCCUCUACAAACCGCUUCACCCACACACGGACGGCACAGGACUGUCCGUUAUCAUUCACUUUUCAAGACUAAUUCAAAUCUUGAGCACUGUAAUGAUAGUCUUUUCGUUCAGCAGAGGUAUACAGACAAAUUAAUAAAGCCUUUGGUGACUGCAGCGGGUCAAAACACACAAAGACGACAAUGGAACUGCUCACUGAACUUUAAACCAAAGGUGGACUUAAUAUUUGAUCAAGUAAUGUCUCCUUCCACAACACAGCAAAAAGAAGCGAAGACAGGCCUUGUGUUCUCUAAAACCCACCCGAGAGGACAUGUAGCCGGACUACAAACACAACUGUCCUCUCUGGGAACCAUGAGGCAAGAUCAUCCACAGAGGCACCACCAGGACCCCCUUCAGUCACACCCAACCACAGAGGCUCCGGCUUCAAAGCCAGCACUGAGAGUCAUGGGUGCUCAUCGUAAACCUCAGCCGCAGUCAGACUCCAAGCUAUUCUCACCAGAUACAGCAACCAAACUACAUCUACAACUCCACACCUCCCAGCAGGCAAAGGCCCCACCAAGACUCAACUGGAUUCCUCAGAGUCACACUGCAAGAUCCAGACCAGUGGUUCGCCACAGCUCCUUCACGACCGCAUACGGGGCAGGACAGCACGGGGACUGGAGGCCGUUUCACAGCAGCAUGAACACAUCAUUAGGAAGGAGCAAGAGCACGAGUGGUAGACACUCAGCAGGCUUCAAAGGAGCAGGUCUUAACCAAAACAUAACCAAGGUCUGACUGAAAUAUAAAAAAGGGGACUAGGGGAGUAUGUAAUUAUAAAAUGUGACUUGAAAAGAGAAUAUUCAGAUUCCUUUGUCAAAGGCCCUGCACGCCCACACUGGUGUUACUGAGUGAUUAGACCUGCUCUGGUUGGACGGAGCUACGCUGGGAGUUGAGUGAUGUCGCCAAACCAGAGUAAAUAAGAUGUUAAUUUGCAUACCAGAUAAGAUAAAACAGACCUGACAAGAUGGUGAAGAUGUCAGUCAAGUAUUGUCUGUACCUGCACUGUAAUGAUGAGGUUGAAUCAGGCUGUAAACUGAGAACACCUGUGCAGGUAAACCAUGUGUAAAGGCUUUUAUCAUCAUGUGAAGUAAGAGAAUAAAGUCUGUCCUUACCAACUGUU